UCAUUCAACAAAGGCAUUAGGCAUUGACAACUGACAAGAUAUUAGUAAAUUAAAAUUUUAGGUUGUUUUACAACAGUUGAAGAAAAAUAAUACCUUUUAAAGAGUAACUUUUAAAAGGUUUACAGUUUAUUCAUUAUAGUAUAAAAUGCUAUCUCAACGGUAUUUAUUAAAACGUGGGCUUCCUACAUAUAUUCAACACGCUGAGGCUCACCGCAAACCUCGGUGGCUGCCUGUUGCUAAAAGUAAAAUAUAUCGAAUUCCAAAACGCCCUGAAAUAUCCGAGGAUGAACGGUUAGAAUUGAGACGAAUAAACAAUGCUUAUAACACACAAAUGCGUGCCAUUAGGAGGUUUUAUGUGGAAGACUGGGUACGAGAAAAAUCCUCUCUAGAAAGUGCGACAUCGGAGAUGUCUCAACGUUUAGAAGCCGACGAAUGGUUGAAAUGUGAAGAACUCAAUGAUAAGUGGAAUAAACAAAUAGCUGCUGACCGAGAAGAGAGACGAAAGAAGGAACUCGAAGCUAUGGAAGAAUUCGCUCUUUUGAGAAUGGAAACUAAAGACAAGGCAUUAAAGGAAAGAAUUGAAAGAGCUUCAGAAAAAAUUAAAAAAGAAAAGGAAUUGAGUACAACUUUUGUCACACGUGAAAAUUUAGAAGAAACAAUUGAAAAUGUUUUAGCAAACCCUAUUGAUUACAACUUUGCAAUAGACCUUAAAGGAAAUAUCUGUGAAGGAAGAGAAACAGAAUAUGAAGAUAAGAAAAGGGCUGAUUCUGCAAACUAAUCUAUUUGAUAUAUAUAUACUAUUAGAUUAAUAAAUAUUUAUAGGCAUCUGU